AUGGAGGCUUCCACUUCGUCUAAGCCAUCGAUUCCUUCACACAUCCCUACUGUAACUGGACUGACUUCUUCAAAAUUAAUUGUAAAUAGAAAACAGCAAGGUAAUCCUGUCUUAAAAUACGUUCGCGCAGUUCCUUAUGAAUGGUCUAGUGAGAUUCGGCCGGAUUAUUUGUGCGGGAUGUGUGGGAUACUGUAUCUGACUCUGAAAUGGCAUAAAUUACAUCCAUCUUAUCUCGAAACUAGGCUCAAUGAUCUCACCGUAUAUGACUUAAAGGUAAGUUUUCUUCAUAUAUUUACCUCAUAAGUUGUAGAUUCUACUUGUGUUGAAUAAUGUUGAAGAUCCAUCGUAUCUGCUGAAAGAUCUCAACAUAUUAUGUUAUCGAUCCCAUUGGACAAUGGUCGUUGCUCAGUCGGUAGAAGAAGCCGGAGAAUAUAUAGAGAACCUAAAGCUGAGCGAGAGGAGGAAUCCCGCAGACACAAUCAGAACCAUUAAUGAAUAUAAACUCAAACGGAAGAAUGACGGAAAACCUUUGACCGUGAAGGAGAAGCACAGACAGGUAAAUUUAUGUCAGUUUUAAGGCAUUUAUGGCCUUUUUUCUGCCGUUAUUGCUUUAGAAUUACGAAUCGGCUGUUAAAUUCCUAAGUUCCAUCAAAGGAAUUACUGUGUCCGAUGCAAAACGACUCCUGGGUUCCUUCGGUUCCAUCCAGACGAUCUCCAAGUGUUCGGUAGAUCAGAUAAAUCUCUGUCCCGGACUCGGCCCUACCAAAUCUCAACGGCUGUACGAGUUCUUCAGAUUAUCACUUAUAAAUAUCAAAUCCAAAUAA